AUGAAGACUCUUAGGGCGCGAUUUAAGAAGACAGAGCUUCGGCUCAGCCCCACCGACCUCGGCUCCUGCCCGCCCUGUGGCCCCUGCCCCAUCCCGAAGCCGGCAGCCAGAGGCAGGCGCCAGGGCCAAGACUGGGGCAAAAGUGACCAGCGGCUCCUGCAGGCCGUGGAGAACAACGACUCAGCCCAGGUGUCUGCACUUAUCACCCGCAAAGGGCUGGUGCCCACGAAGUUGGACCCCGAGGGCAAGUCUGCGUUCCACCUGGCAGCCAUGAGGGGCGCAGCCAGCUGCCUGGAGGUGAUGUUGACACAUGGCACCAACGUAAUGAGCACAGAUGGAGCAGGUUACAAUGCCCUCCACCUGGCUGCCAAGUAUGGGCACCCACAGUGUCUGAAGCAACUCCUGCAGGCCUCCUGUGCUGUGGAUGUGGAGGACAGCAGUGGGUGGACGGCUCUCCAUCACGCAGCUGCUGGCGGCUGCCUGUCCUGCUCAGAGAUGCUCUGUUCCUUCAAAGCCCAUCUGAACCCCCGGGAUCGGUCGGGCGCCACGCCCCUCAUCAUAGCAGCUCAGAUGUGUCACACAGAUCUGUGCCGCCUCCUCCUACAACAGGGGGCUGCUGCAAAUGACCAGGACCUGCAGGGCAGGACAGCCCUGAUGCUGGCCUGUGAGGGGGCCAGCCCCGAAACCGUGGAGGUGCUGCUGCAGGGCGGGGCCCAGCCAGGCAUCACGGACGCACUGGGCCAGGACGCAGCUCACUACGGAGCCCUAGCGGGGGACAAACUCAUCUUGCACCUCCUGCAGGAGGCAGCCCAGCGCCCCUCACCUCCCAGCGCCCUCCUAGAGGACGACUCUGGCGAGGCCUCAUCCCAGAACUCUGUGUCCAGCCAUGAAAAGCGAGGGGCCUUUAAGAAGCGGAAAGCGCCACAGCCUCCCGCCAGCAUCCCUGUGCCGGAUGAUCAGGAAGCCUAUGAAGAGAUCGUGCGCCUGCGGCAGGAGAGAGGCCGCCUUCUGCAGAAGAUCCGAGGCCUUGAACAGCACAAGGAACACAGGAAACAGGAGGAGGCCGAAGCCAGCUCCCUGCACAGCCUGGAAAGACAGGUGCAAGAGCUGCAGCAGCUGCUGGCGGAGAGGCAGGAGGAGAAGGAGAGCCUGGGGCGAGAGGUGGAAAGCUUGCAGAGCCGGCUGUCCCUGCUGGAGAACGAGCGAGAGAACACCAGCUACGAUGUGGCCACUCUGCAGGAUGAGGAAGGGGAGCUGCCUGACUUCCCAGGGAUGGAGGCGCUGCUGUCCAAACGGCUGAGCCCGUCAGCCCAGGAGCUCCUGGCCACACUGCAGGCGCAGGUGGCCGAGCUCACAAGGCAGAACCAGGAGCUGAUGGAGAAAGUCCAGAUCCUGGAGGAGUUGGAGAAGGACGAGGUGCAGAUGGAGGGGAGUGGUCUGCCCGAGGUUGUCCCGCUGGUCCUCUAUGACUCUCUGCGGGCCGAGUUUGACCAGCUCCGACGGCAGCACGCCGAGGCCCUGCGUGUGCUGGAGCAGCAGGAGGCGCCACAGGCCCCCAGAAAAGAGGGGGCAGCCCACGGGGAGGGCGAGGGGGAGGGCGCCAAGACCACCCAAAACGGACCGUGCAGUGCAGAGCUGAACGGCAGCGUGGCUCUGGAAACCAAAGUUAACGGAGUUGAGACCACAGAUGAGAAGGAUGGAGAAGUUGACACCAGAGAAGCCAGGACUGUAGCAGCAGUGUCCCCAGUGCCUGAGGCCACAGGAACCAGGGCCACAGAAACAAAAAACAUGGGUGCAGAGGCCACAGAAUCAGGGGGUAAUGGAGUUGAGGCUAUGGAAUCAAAGACCACAGAGGCUGACGUCCAAGGUAUGAAGGCAGCAGAAGAGAAUGCUGAAACUAAGGCCACAGGAGCUGAGGCCACAAAAACAAAAGCAGCAGAAUCUGAAGCAGAGGUCAAUGGAAUGGAUGCAGUGCAAGUAGAAGUUACAGAGACACAAAACAUAAACAUGGAGGCCACAGUAGCUAAGGCCACAUCUGUGGAGGCCACGGAAGUGGAGGCCACCACCCCAGAGGUCCCUGUCGGGCCCGUCCUCCACCCUGGUGCUGCUGAAGCCUCCGAAAAGCUACAGGCUGAGCUGGAGACCAGAAUCCGAGGCUUGGAGGAGGCGCUCCGGCGGCGGGAGCAAGAGGCGGCCGCGGAGUUGGAGGCAGCCCGUGGCAAGUGCGAGGCCGCAGAGGCUGAGGCUGGCAGGCUGCGGGAGCAGGUGCGAGAGACCGAGGGCAGUGGGGGUAGUGGUGGUGACACUGUCCAGCUGCGGGCGGCCCUGGAGCAAGCCCGGCAGGACCUUCACGAUCGUGACUGCCGCCUGCGGGAGCUGGAGGCGGCUGUGGCCUGGCUGGACGAGGCCCGGGCUGGCCGGCUGCUGGCUGAGGAGGAGGCCCGGGGCCUGCGGGCAGAGCUGGCCCAGCGGGAGGAGGUGCGGCUGGAGCAGAGCCGGGAGCUGGAGGUGCUGCGGGAGCAGCUGGCCACGGCCAAGGCCACAGGGGAGCAGCACCGGGCUGCGGCCGCCGAGCUGGGCCAAGCGCGGGCCGCCGCCGAGGCCAGGGCCACUGAGCUGGCCGUGGCAUGCGACGAGGCCCGGCGGGGCCUGGCGGAGCUGCGGGAGGCCUCCGAGGCCCUGCGCCAGUCCUCAGUGCCCGCGGCCGAGCAUCACCGGCUGCAAGACGAGGCUCUGGAGCUGCGGGGCCGGGCGGCCAGCCUGGAGCAGGAGGUGGUGGCCACGGGCAAGGAGGCCGCCCGGCUGCGCGCAGAGCUGGAACGCGAGCGCAUGGGCAGCGUGGCGCGCUCCGAGCACCAGCGAGUUGUGGCAGCGCUGCAGGCCGAUGUGGCCCGGCUGGAGGGACAGAUGGAGGAGCUGGCCAGACGGCACGAGAAGACCAGUGCUGAGGUCUUCCAGGUGCAGCGUGAGGCAUUAUUCAUGAAGAGCGAGCGGCACGCAGCUGAGGCCCAGCUGGCCACGGCGGAGCAGCAGCUACGGGGGCUACGCACCGAGGCCGAAAGGGCUCGCCAGGUCCAGAGCCGUGCCCAGGAGGCCCUGGACAAGGCCAAGGAGAAGGAUAAGAAGAUCACAGAACUGUCCAAAGAAGUGUUCAGUCUUAAAGAGGCCCUGAAGGAACAGCCGGCCCCGGUCAGUCCCGAGGUGGAGGCCCUGCGUGACCAGGUCAGAGCUUUGCAGCGACAAGUGGAGGAGGCUGCCAGGGACCACUGUGCUGUGGUAGCUUUGUACAGAAGCCAUCUCCUGUACGCCAUCCAGGGCCAGAUGGACGAAGAUGUGCAACGGAUUCUUAGUCAGAUUUUACAGAUGCAACGACUGCAGGCCCAAGGCCGCUGA